UCUCUAGUUAAAUAUUUAUUGUAUCAUUUAAACAAGGAAAAUCUCACCCAUGUAUACAACAACACUGGAAACAAUUAUUUUUCGGAGGUAACUAGAUUUGGUAGGAUUGACAGAAUCGCAUGUGCUUGCAUUAGUAAUUUUCGAACAUCAAAUUGUAUUAAAUAUUCUGUAAUUUCUAAUGUGACUGGAAAAUGCUGCUUUGUUUAUAAGCGUUUGGUUGAUUAACAUGCGAGAGUUCAGUGUCGGGAAUGGACAUUUUAUCAGAUAAACUUAAUCUGAUGGAAUUAGAAUUCCAAUUUCAUGAUGAUAAUACAAGUUGUUCUUCUUCUACUUUUUCAAUCAGCGAAGAUUUCGAUGACUUGCGAUUAGGAGCUGAUGCAAAUACAUUCACUGCCAAAUAUGAAGAUGAUCUUGGUGACAGACCGGUCCACAAAUUCGAAAUUAUGAAACAACAGAGAAAUCAGUACGAUCAAAAUGAUCUUAAUUACACUGUUUCAACCAUUUCUAGCAUUUCAGAUCUUAUUGAUGCCCGAGAAGGUGAUCCUGAGGACUUAUUACUGGGUCUAGGAUUUGUACCUUUUGAAGGAGAAGAAUCACAUACUUCUAUUUUGUCACGAUUCUCUUCUCUACCCCUUGGAAACGAGGAAAUUGAAUUGCAACGUAGUCAGCAAUGUGAUCAACACCACGCAAGCACACAUCAUCAUGCAAUUGGUCCAACUGUUCACAAUGGUAUAUUGAAGACUAGAGAAUGGCUUGCUAGUCAAGAAUAAUAAUAUGAAUAUAGAUUCUUCAUCUUCAUCGUGUUUCAAAAAGAUUCUUCUUCUGGAAGCAUCCAAGGUCUAUUAGUCAUCUUCU